GGCUCCGACACCACCUCACCUCACUCGCCUGCUGACUCCGAAACCACGGCCUGCUGACUCCAGUAGACACACACACUCUCCUCACUCUGUCUCUCAGCCGCCGAAGCACCGAUAAGUAGCUAGCCAGUGCUGCAUUGCCGUUGCAUUAGUUUAAUUACCUCGGCGGUCAGGGCAGCAAUGAGGCUGUCGUCUGUGUUUGUGCUGGCGCUGCUGCUCUUGCCGGCGGUGGCGUCGGCCGGGCACCACGACUACGGCGACGCCCUCCACAAGAGCAUUCUCUUCUUCGAGGGGCAGCGCUCCGGCAGGCUUCCUCCCGACCAGCGCCUCCGCUGGCGCCGCGACUCCGGCCUCCAUGACGGCGCCGCCGCCGGCGUGGACCUGACGGGAGGGUACUACGACGCCGGCGACAACGUGAAGUUCGGGUUCCCGAUGGCGUUCACGGCGACGCUCAUGUCGUGGGGGCUGAUCGACUUCGGCCGCAGCUUCGGGCCGCACAAGGAGGAGGCCAGGAAGGCGGUGCGGUGGGCGACGGACUACUUCAUGAAGGCCACGGCCAAGCCCAACACGGUGUACGUGCAGGUGGGCGACGCCUUCAAGGACCACUCCUGCUGGGAGCGGCCCGAGGACAUGGACACCCCGCGCACCGUCUACAAGGUCGACCCCUCCCACCCGGGCUCCGACGUCGCCGCCGAGACCGCCGCCGCCCUCGCCGCCGGCUCCAUCGUCUUCCGCGACGCCGACCCCGUCUACUCCCAGCGCCUCCUCGACCGCGCCAUGGCCGUGUUCAAGUUCGCGGACAGGUACCGGGGCGCCUACAGCAGCAGCCUCCACGCGGCGGUGUGCCCGUGCUACUGCGACUUCGACGGGUACCAGGACGAGCUGCUGUGGGCGGCGGCGUGGCUGCACAAGGCGUCGCGCAAGAGGGUGUACCGGCAGUACAUCAAGAAGAACGAGGUGGUGCUCGGCGCCAGCGACUCCAUCAACGAGUUCGGCUGGGACAACAAGCACGCCGGCAUCAACGUCCUCAUCUCCAAGGAGGUCCUGAUGGGGAAGGACGAGUACUUCCAGUCCUUCCGCGCCAACGCCAACAACUUCAUGUGCACCCUCCUCCCCGGCAUCUCCGACCACCCCCAGAUCCAGUACUCCCCAGGCGGGCUGCUGUUCAAGGUCGGGGGCAGCAACAUGCAGCACGUGACGUCGCUCUCCUUCCUCAUCCUGGCCUACUCCAACUACCUGAGCCACGCGGGCGCGCACGUCUCCUGCGGCGCCGGCAGGUCCGCGCCGCCGACGAAGCUCCGGCAGGUGGCUAAGCGGCAGGUGGACUACAUCCUCGGGGACAACCCGCUGCGCAUGUCCUACAUGGUCGGCUACGGCCCGCGGUUCCCGCGCCGGAUCCACCACCGCGGCAGCUCCAUCCCGUCCGUGGCGGCGCACCCGGCGAGGAUCGGGUGCAAGGCCGGCGCCGCCUACUACGCCAGCGCGGCGCCCAACCCGAACCUGCUGGUGGGCGCCGUCGUCGGCGGGCCCAGCGACGCCACCGACGCCUUCCCCGACGCGCGCGCCGUGUUCCAGCAGUCGGAGCCCACCACGUACAUCAACGCGCCGCUCAUGGGCCUCCUCGCCUACUUCUCCGCCCACCCCAACCCGGCCGAGUGGGCCGACGACUAAAACCCAGCAGCAGGAGGAUGAUAUAUACAUGAAAAAUAAAAUGCCUCUGACUGACUUCGGCGUACUGCAGGAGUAGUGCACUAGUACUAAGCUUUAGCGUCAUUCAUUUGUUUGGUUUAACUGUAACUAAUUACUAUUAUUAUCGGCAGCCAUUUCCUCUCCUGCGGAAAAGAAAAGAUCAGGGCGCUGUAUAGGCUGUAUCUGCAAUGUUAUACUUGUAAGAUCUAGCGUGCUUGAAUAUUGGCACUAUGUAAAAUGUUCAUCAGCAAAAGAGCUUCUAGUUUCUUUGA